CUUAUUUUUUACUAUGUUAUAUUAUAUAUUAGAAAUGUGAAAUGUGAAGUAGCAUCUAAGGUGGCCUCCAAGAUGUCAAUUACGACCAUUUACAGCUGGUUCCUGCAUUGGACAGGUGACCAAGUCCUGCAUCCCAAAGUCUACUACGUGAUAUGGCGGGGACGAUGUGUUCAUGACAUCAGCAUUACUACCUAUCUUCUAUCAAGCUGAGGAUGAUUAUAAGGAUGAUUAAACAAUAGAAGUACCAAUUUACAACUCAUCUUUUCUCCCACAACACAUUCUAUACCUAACACCAUGACGACGAAUAUACACGUCCCUGGAGGCCCAGUCCCAACAGAGGACAAUAUCCUCGAGACAGGCGCAUCCAUGAUGCAAGAGUUCCUACCCACGAAGCAGCUAUGCGCUCACCUAAACGCCUUCCACACGUACGCCGAGGAGCCAGGCCGCUACGUAGAAGCGAACCACUAUUGCGCCCACUUAACCGAAGACGUCCGGCAAUGCAUCCUAUACGACAGCCCGGAGCCCAACGCCCGGCUCAUAGGCAUCGAGUACAUGAUCACGCCGAAGCUGUACGAGACGCUCCCCCCCGAGGAGCGUAAGCUCUGGCACUCGCACGUGUACGAGGUGAAGACGGGGAUGCUGACGAUGCCGGGGCCGAGCGCGAUUCCCGGGGCGCGGCAGGCCUGGGAGGUGGCCGAGACGCAGGAGAUGAAGCACGUCAUAGGGCUGUACGGAAAGGUCUACCACCUGUGGCAGACAGACCGCGGCCACGCCCUCCCGCUCGGCGAGCCCAAGCUCAUGACCAGCUUCACCGCCGACGGCCAGUUCGACUUCGAGAAGGCCGUCGGCGACCGCGAUCGCAAGUUCGGCACCGAUUGGAGGAGGAAUAAGGAGCUUAGGAAGGAUAUCGAACCUCCCCCGAUCCAUCCGGACGCCGAUUCGGCUUGGAAGAGACGCAAUUCGAUGUAGAUCCCAGAGACGAGAGGAAAAAAGGGGGGGGGGGACUCGAAAUCUCACUAAUCUUCAAAUUCUCAACUAUCGAUCACAUAUGAGAUUCACGAGUACCGUCCAGCAGAAGAGUCAA